UUAGUUUUAUAGAUUUAUAAUAUUACCAAAUCCAUGCCCGUCUUCCCGUCCUUAACCAAACCCUGAUAAUAUACAAAAUAAUCUAUCUAUGAACAAACUAGAAGGGAAGGUGGCUAUAAUCACCGGCGGCGCAAGUGGUAUCGGAGCAGCCACCGCUCGUCUGUUUGCAAAACAAGGUGCAUGUGCGGUUGUGAUCUGUGAUAUCCAAGAUGAACUCGGAAAAGAUCUCUGCAAAUCCAUCGGCUCACACUGUUGCACGUACAUACAUUGUGACGUUAGUGACGAAACCCAAGUGAAGUCCCUAGUGGACUGGACGGUGGAGACAUACGGCAAGCUUGAUAUUAUGAUUAGCAACGCCGGGAUCGCUAGUAAAUCCGACCAGACCGUAGUCGACAUGGAUAUGAAGCAUCUUGACGACCUCUUUGCCAUCAAUAUCCGCGGCAUGGUGGCUUGCCUGAAGCAUGCGGCGCGCUCGAUGGUGGAGCAGAAGGUGAAGGGAAACAUUAUCUGCAUGUCUAGCGUGUUGGGAAGGCAAGCAGUGUUGCAGCAUACGGAUUAUUGUAUGUCAAAACAUGCGGUGAUUGGGUUGAUGAAAUCGGCGAGCAAGCAGCUGGGGCAAUACGGGAUUCGAGUGAAUGCUGUGUCGCCUUCGGUGGUGGCUACGCCGUUGAUGUGCAACAUGCUUGAGAAAGAGGCGGCAGAAGUGGAGAAGAUUUUUGAACCGUUCACCAGCUUGAAAGGCGUGAUCUUGAAAGCGGAGGACGUUGCUCACGCCGUCUUGUUCCUGGCCAACGGGGAGUCUGGUUUUAUCACUGGCCAUGAUCUGGCUGUCGACGGAGGUUUUACUAUUUCAUAUAUAUAAUCAGCUAAUUAACAAAAUGGGCGUUGGGUGAUAUAUCUUUUGGAUGUACUUUUCUGCAUGGGGUGAAGUUGUAACUUCGAAGAUCUAUAUAUGUGAUUACUUUUU